AUGGCGUCGCUUCCGCCCCAACGCCCCGCGGAGCAGCGCAGAGCAUCGCCGCACGAAGAAACGUCGUCCUCGCAGCAAGAGCACCUGGCGCGCACAAACAGUUUCUCCGCACAGUCAGUCGACUCGCAGACACUGUUGCUCAACUCGCCGCCUAGAGAGACGGCCAAGCCCGCCGUAGAAGAGCAGGAAGAAGCUCCAAAGUUGACCAACACACCGCAAGAAGAGGAGGACGAGCCGCGAAAGUGCUGGAUCUGCUUCAACGACGAGACCGAGGAUGACGAGACAAGUUCCGAGUGGCGGUCACCGUGCACGUGCUCACUCGUGGCCCACGAGAAGUGCUUGCUGGACUGGAUAGCGGACAUGGAGGCGCCAAACAACCGGAGACGGGCAGGCACGCGUGCGUCCAAGAUACAGUGUCCGCAGUGCAAGUCAGAGAUUAAAAUUGCGCGGCCGAGGAGCUUCGUUGUCGACGCGGUGCGGCUUGGAGAACGCUUGACGGGCACGCUGCUCCUCCCGGGCUUUGCGAUUGUCACGGGCACGGCGCUGUACUCCACCAUGACGCUUGCGGGCACGCAUACGAUAUAUCAGAUCUUUGGCACGCAGGAUGCGCUGCAGAUACUGGCGCCGCUGUACGAGAAGCCGGAUAUGAGGAUAACAUCGCCGUUAUUGCGAAUGCUGAUGCACCUUGCACAGCAUUGGCGCUUGGAUCUUGGACUGCCGCUCAUACCUACGGUGCUUGUAGCUAGCCGGACGACGUUCGCUGACUCAUUCCUGCCGUUUUUGCCGCUCAUCUUCUUCGCUAGCUCGGGGCAGCCCGGAGACGAGCUGAUGCAGCUGCAGUGGCCACCGAGCGCCGCCUUCUCCUUCGCUGCCCUACCGUAUCUACGAGGCUUCUACAACGCAUUCUACGACCGCGUGUGUCUGCCUAAGGAGCAACAGUGGUUGAAGGAGAUUCAGCCUCGCGCGGGUACUGAAGAUGCGGCCGAUGCUCAACUAGCAGACGACCACGACCAUGAUCACGACCAUCACGACCACGACCAUGAAGAAGUCAACGAGGUAGAAAUCGAAGUCGACUUUGACAUCUUCGGCGACUGGAAUGGAGGAGGUGGAGCGGAUCAUCACGACCACGACCACGCACACGUGCAAGCACCCGACCGACCAAUCGACGCACCACCCCUAGACGACGACGAAAUGCCCGCACUAAUCGAAGUCGCCGCCGCGCCAGCUCCCAACGUCCCCCUCCAACCCGCCCAACCCCGCCGCCAACGCGUCCGCCGCGAACGCAACAUCGCCUUCUCCACCACCUCCCUCGCCGACACCAUUCUCGGCGCCCUCAUCUUCCCCAGCAUCGCCGCCGCCAUGGGCGAACUCCUGCGCCACACUCUUCCCUCAUCCUGGGUGAAUACACCGUCAAGCGCACCGUCUUUGUCGUGGCUUGGUGGCUGGAUAACCACAGGUGGAAAGGUUGGUGAGAAGGGUAGGCCAACGGGCUUUUUGCAGACGCGCUGGGGAAGGAGUCUUGUUGGCGGCUGUCUGUUUGUGGGAUUGAAGGAUGCGGUAUUGCUGUAUGUUCGGUGGAAGAUGGCGCAGAAUCAUCGAAGGAGGAGGAUUCUGGACUCUGAGGAUAGGGGGAAGAGGGUUGGGAGGGGGUCAUGA